AUGAUAGAAGGGUUGGAAAAGUAUAUGGAGGAGAAGGGGUUGGAAGUAAAUGUGAAGAAAACAAAGGUGAUGAGGUGUAGGAAGGGAGGUGGGAGAUGGAAAAAUGUAAUAUGGAAAUGGAAAGGGAAGAAAUUGGAGGAAGUGAAGAAGUACAAGUACUUAGGGUAUGUAAUGAUGGCAAACGGAAAAUGUAAGGAACACUUGAAGGAGAGGGUAAGAAAAGGGGCGGCAGUGAUGAGGGAGGUAUGGGGGAUAGGGAAAAGAAGGUUUAGGGAUGAUUGGGCGAGAAGGCUGUGGUUGUUCGACAAACUAGUAUGGACGGUAAUGAGUUAUGGAGUAGAGAUAUGGGGUUGGAGGGAGAGAGAGGAGGUCGAGAGGAUACAUUAUAGGUGUCUGAGAUGGAUAAAUGGUGUAGGUUGGAGGACACCAGGGUACCUGGUAAGGGAAGAAUUAAUGAGAGAGAAAAUGAGGGGGAGAGCGGGGAUGAGAGCUUGGGGGUAUGAGAGGAAAUUGGGAGAGGGACGAGGAGGGGAAAUAGCAAGAUGGUGCUGGGAAGAGUGGAGGGAAAAAGCAAGGAGAGGAAAAGUGGUAGGAGAAUGUGAAAGGGAGAGAAGGGAGUUUUAUGAAGAAAAGGGGUGGAAGAUAGAGGAGGUAGAGAGGAUGAGAGAGGAGGGCGAAAUGAGGGGAGAGGAGAUAGUAAGAAGAGAGAAAAGGUGGCAAGAAGAGGAAAGAUGGGGAAAGAUAGAGAAAUCAAGAUCAAAUGUGUGGUACAGUUGGAUAAAAGGAAAAGGGAUUCCGGGAUAUUUGAAAAAAGGUUGGAAAGAAAAGAGAUGGCAGAGGGUAGCGACGUUCAGACUAGGAGAAGAGAUAAGAAGCAAUAGAUAUUGGGAAGAAGAGGAGAAUAGGAAGUGCAGGGUAUGUGGAAGGGAAGAGGAAACAUGGGAACACAUUUGGGAGGAAUGUACGGAUUGGGGAAGGGAGAAGGGUUGGAGAGAUAUGGUAGAGGAAAUUUUAGGAGAAGAGGGAGGAGGUGAGGAAUGGAUGAGGAAAAUAGAAGAAUGGAGAGGGGUGGGAAUAGUAGGGGAGGGGGAGGAGUGUGAGAAGAGUGAGAGUGAAGAAGGCGACGGAAACGGAGGUCCCAGGUAUGAAUGA